CUGAGCUCCAGGCAUGGCUUCAUUAUUCCCACAAUUCCUCUCCAAUCCCAACCCUCAUUCUCUGAAUCAUUUCUUCACCUCCCGAACCUCCAAAAUCCCAUCACAGCAAUACAUCCAUGUACCACCCAGAAAACACUACUUGUUCAUCACCAAAUGCACUGAACCAGACACUACUCAACCUGACUUCCCAAGUCCAAACUCUGAAACCACCACCAGUGCAGAUAAAUUUCCAAUUGAAAAGCGUCGAAAAUCGGAAAUCACCCGAGACAGGAAGUCCUCAACUGGCCUGGUGAUGCCGGAGCCACCCAACUUUGAGAUUGGUUGGAAGAGAACCAAGAAGAUUCCACUAGAGAAGCCAGUAGGGUAUGUCAUAGCUGACUUCCUGGAGAAGUUGGAGGGCUUAAUGGGGCGAGAAUUCGGGUCCAGAGAGUUGCUGGUGAAGGCUGCAGAGAUUGUGGCUGAGAGAGCAAGAGAGGAAGCAGAAGUGUUGAGAGAUGAAGGCAAGGUGGAAGAUAGAAUGGUGACUGAAUUGUUUAGGGUGCUGAAGCUGAUGGAGAUGGACAUGGUUAUGGUGAAGGCUGCAGUGAAGGAUGAGACAUUGAGUGAGAGGCUUGAGCAGGCCAAGGCUAGGUGCAGGCAAGCUAUACUUGUUGCUUUAUCGUUUUAAAGCCUAAAUCAAGAACAAUCUUCUUCAUUAAAUUGUUUUGGUCCUAUGAUGAAAAGAAUCAGAGAAAAAAGCUUAGAUUUGUA